UUAGCCUAUCCCCCCAAUAUUGCAAUGUGCCGGUCAAAUAAAAGUCCGUGGGUCUGUCUGACGUGCUCAAGUGUCCAUUGUGGAAGAUAUGUGAAUGGCCAUGCAAAAAAGCAUUAUGAAGAUGCACAGAUUCCUAUGACCAACCAUAAGAAAACAGAAAAGCAAGAGAAAGUUCAGCAUACUGUGUGUAUGGAUUGCAGUAGUUACAGUACAUACUGUUACCGCUGUGAUGAUUUUGUAGUCAAUGAUACCAAGCUGGGCCUGGUACAGAAGGUCAGAGAGCACCUACAGAACUUGGAAAAUUCAGCCUUUACAUCAGACAGACAUAGGAAAAGAAAACUAUUGGAAAACUCAUCCCUGAACAGCAAGUUAUUAAAAGUAAAUGGGAGUACCACUGCCCUUUGUGCCACAGGCCUUCGGAACCUGGGGAAUACGUGUUUCAUGAACGCCAUCCUUCAGUCGCUCAGUAACAUUCAACAGUUUUGCUGUUACUUCAAAGAGUUGCCUGCUGUGGAGCUGAGGAAUGGGAAGACCGCAGGCAGUUUUUACCAUACCAGGAGCCAGGGGGAUAACAAUGUUUCAUUGGUGGAAGAAUUCAGAAAGACGCUCUGUGCUUUAUGGCAAGGAAGCCAAACUGCAUUUAGUCCAGAAUCUUUAUUUUAUGUUGUUUGGAAAAUAAUGCCAAAUUUUAGGGGAUACCAGCAACAGGAUGCCCAUGAGUUCAUGCGUUACCUUUUGGACCAUCUACACCUGGAACUCCAGGGUGGCUUCAAUGGCGUUUCACGUUCAGUGAUUUUGCAAGACAAUUCUAGCCUGUCUGCAAGCAACAAAUGUUGCAUAAAUGGAGCGUCUACUGUUGUCACAGCGAUUUUUGGAGGUAUUCUUCAAAAUGAAGUCAACUGCCUAAUAUGUGGGACUGAAUCUAGAAAGUUUGACCCAUUCCUCGACCUUUCACUAGAUAUUCCAAGUCAGUUCAGAAAUAAACGUACUAAAAACCAAGAAAGUGGACCAAUGUGCACACUACGAGAUUGUCUUCGCAGUUUUACAGACCUGGAAGAACUUGAUGAGACAGAGCUGUAUAUGUGUCACAAAUGCAAGAAGAAACAGAAGUCCACCAAAAAAUUCUGGAUUCAGAAACUACCAAAGGUGCUGUGCUUACACUUGAAACGAUUUCACUGGACAGCGUAUCUGAGAAACAAGGUUGAUACAUACGUUGAGUUUCCCUUAAGAGGCCUAGACAUGAAAUGCUACUUGUUAGAGCCUGAAAACAGUGGCCCAGAAAGCUGCCUGUAUGACCUUGUGGCUGUUGUUGUGCAUCAUGGUUCAGGCGUUGGCUCUGGACAUUACACCGCAUAUGCAGCUCAUGAAGGCCGUUGGUUCCAUUUCAACGACAGUACUGUAACUUUGACCGACGAGGAGACUGUGGUAAAGGCCAAGGCCUACAUCCUCUUCUACGUAGAACGGCAAGCCAAAUCUGGAUCAGAUAAACUUUAAUACCUCCUUUUAAUUCUUACUUAUCAAGUCCACCGGACAAAACAUUUCCAUUUUUCCAUAAAUACUUGAUCCAAGACUAUUAAUUUCAUUGUGCACUUUUCAAUUUCCUCUUGUGGGUUUUAGUUUUGUUGUGUCAAUGGUAGCAUUUGACUUACUGAACUUGGACACAAACUAACUUUUUUUUUAGUUAUACCAGAAAACCUCAGCAGAUUUUGAUUUGCUGCUUUAGUUGCGAUAACUCAAUUUUUAUAUAUAUAUAUAUAGUUUCAUGAAAUAGUUAUUGGACUUUUUUUAUAUUAAUGUUUUCAGUUCUCACUUUCUAAAGGCACAUUUACAUCAGAGAAGCUUUCUGUCCUCCUUCCAAGCAAGAUAAAUGUGCUUCUGAUUAUGAAGAGCAAUACAACUUCAUGCUGUUCUCACAGCUGUUAUGUAGAUAUGAUUUAAUCUUUUUAAAUCAAGGAAUUGUUUGCACGUGCUAUUUUCCCUCGUGCAAGAAACUAAACAGUGACCUCUGAACAAUCAUUCUUUGUCUGCAGAAGAGAGGAGGUGGGGUGUCAUUAAAUAGACCAGGUAAUUGCUGCUAUAUUGGUGUGUAUUCAGGCUGCUGACUUUCAGGAAUCAUUGUAAAUAAACAGUUGGUUCAAUUGUAUCAAUA